GACCAAUUAGCAAAAGCAUCGGAGGCAAAGAAUCCGAUCGAGAGAGAGAGAGAGAGAGACGAAAACAAAAAGAAAGUUUUUUUUGUUUUACAGAAAAAUCACAAAAGUUUUCUUUCAUUUUCCUCCCAUCACUUUCCCGGUGAGGAGGAAUCGUCGUUUCUCUCUUGCCAUCAUCCUCCCCCCACCGAACAAUCGAGAAAGAGUCAUCCUCCGCCACGGAACUAAUUAUCCCAAACUCCAUUAAAGCUUCUUUCGAUAGUUGACCCCCGACGACGAAUUCGCCUGUAGAAAAUGGCUAGCGAAGGCGGUCCUUCGAGACGGAGCUUCUCCGUAACGACUUCCUCACUCCACGGGAAGAAGAAAUCCAUGGAAAUCGGAGGUCCCGGCACUGCCCGGAGAUCUCUCACUGUUUCGCGUUCCCCUUUGGGUUUAAUAACCGGCGGAGAGCGAACUGUUAAGCGCUUAAGGCUAUCCAAAGCCAUUACUGUUCCCGCAACCACUACCAUAUAUGAUGCUUGCAAAAACAUGGCUUCACGUAAGGUCGAUGCCUUGUUGUUGACUGACUCUAACGAAAUGCUUUGUGGCAUUCUUACUGACAAGGAUAUAGCCACAAGAGUGAUCUCGAAGGAAGUUAAUGUGGAGGAAACUCCCGUGUCCGAGGUUAUGACUCGGAAGCCCAUGUUUGUUCUUUCCGAGACACUUGCUGUUGAUGCUCUUCAGAAGAUGGUCCUAGGAAAAUUCAGACAUCUGCCUGUUGUUGAAAAUGGCGAAGUGAUUGCUUUACUAGAUAUAGCCAAGUGUCUUUAUGAUGCGAUUGCUCGUAUGGAGAGGGCUGCUGAGAAAGGUAAGGCAAUAGCUGCUGCCGUUGAAGGUGUUGAGAGAAGUUGGGGAACUAACACUUCAGUUCACAACACUUUCAUUGAAACGCUACGAGACCGGAUGUUUAGACCUUCUUUAUCUACAAUUAUACCUGAUGAUACAAAGGUUUUGAAAGUCGCACCAGACGAUACAGUGCUGACUGUAGCAAAGAAGAUGGUUGAACUACAUUCAAGCUGUGCAGUCGUGAUGAUCGAGGACAAGCUUAGAGGGAUAUUUACUUCCAAGGAUAUACUGAUGCGGGUUGUGGCUGAAAAUCGUCCUCCAUCUGAGACCACAAUGGAACAAGUUAUGACUCAGAAUCCAGAAUCUACGUCAGUUGACACACCAAUCGUUGAAGCUCUGCACAUCAUGCACGAGGGAAAAUUUCUACACCUUCCUGUUACAGACCAAGAUGGAGAUGUAGUUGCAGUUGUCGAUGUAAUCAAUGUAACGCACGCUGCUGUCGCCACAGCUGGAACUACUGCUGGAAUAGGUAACGAGGCGACGAACACAAUGAUGCAGAAGUUUUGGGAUUCAGCAAUGGCAUUGUCUCCUAAUGAAGAAGACGAGGACACGAGAAGUGAAAGCUCUUUAAAAGUUGCUUCUGAAGCUGAGACAGGAAAGUCUUCACCUUUGCCAAAUACAUUUUCUUUCAAGAUCGAAGACAAGAAGCACAGAAUGCACAGAUUCAUAAGUGACACUCGUAGUUUGACAGAAGUGGUAACCGCGAUCCUUCAGAGACUAGGGGAUGAUAUCGAUCCAGACAACAACAUACCCCAAAUUUUUUAUGAAGACGAAGACCACGAUAAAGUGUUGUUGGCUUCAGAUAGUGACCUUCAAGCAGCCAUAGAUCAUGCAAAAUCAAUUGGCUGGAAGAGCCUGAGAUUGCAUUUAGAUGAUUCAAGAAAAGGUAAAGGAAGAAGAAGAAGAGCAACGGUUUCAGCAGAAGCAAUGGAGUAUGUAGAGAGAGACGGUUGGGGUGCUACUUACAGUGGAGUAGCGGCUGGUGCAGCAUUAGUAGCUGGUCUUGGUUUUAUGGCUUAUCUCAAGAGAGCCGGACAGUGACUUUCUCAAAGAGACGAUCAAAUUCUCUUACAGAUCGAUAUACAACCAAAAAAAAGUGUGUGAUUCAAGAGUAAACAGACAGGUUUUGAAGUUUUUGUCUGAAAUAUUUAUAUAUACAAAAGGCUUAGCACCUUGUCUAAACUGA